AUGUCAAUUGUGUCAUUUCACAAUUACAUUUAUCUCAGUCUAGUAUACUUGCUAAUCUCAUGUACCAUAUCAGUUAUUUAUCGCAGCAAAAAUGGCUCUACACAUUAUUUCUCCAAUGCCACUAGCAUCGCAAUUUCGAAACACUGCUUCCUGAAUUCGAGGAUUCCACUUAGUAAACAGUUGGAUAAUUUUUUUAAUGAACCUUUUCUUACGAAAACCGGUGAUUUUUUGAACAAUGAUGUUGUUUAUCGCAGCCCAGAAACCGGGUUCAAUGGAGCUAUCCCUAAGUCUAAGAGGGACUGCCGACUCUUUUUGAGCAGGAGGGCCAAAAUUAACAGGUUCAACAAGGAGAAGAAGCUAUUUCAGCUUGUAAGGGAGAGAAGGAAGAAGUACAAUGAUCGCUUCGUGGACAUACGGAAGAUCAACUUUAGGAACUCUCGCUGCAAUUUACAGCUGCUGAGGCUGCCAGUGUCUCCACUGGUUGACUUGAACUCCAUCGUACCCUUUAAAACAGUAUUGAACAUGAGGGAGGAGAUACCCUUUAACCCAACGCCGCUUCUCCGAAACAUAGGAUUCAGGUUUAAGCCGCUGGACCCGGAUAGAACGAUUAAAGUUUGUCCAACGGGGCGGAAGAGUAGCAACGACAGCGAGGGGAACAGCAACUUUUACAUACCAGGAAGGAGGAAGUACGAAAGGUUCUGUGAGCCUUACCCAAUGGACAGACUCCUUGAGAUCAUGGACGCGCGAAGCUGCGGAUACUACAGCAGAAUGGGAACGGACUACAUGAUAACGGGUGAGUCUGAUGAGCCUCCGACGCCGAUGAUGGGCCAGAUAGUACCGCCAGGCGGCAGCGUGGGCAAGGGAGCCGGCUUUGGACUGGGAAAGAAGAAAUCGUGGAAGGAGCCAGUGCCUCUGAGUGAGCUCAAGAGCCACGAAAAGGACGAAAAGGUGGACAAGUUUGAAAGGCAAUUCAGGAGCGACGAAAAGCAGAGCUUCAAAAUACCCCUGGAUGAGCCAAUAGAGGACGAAAAACUAAAGCAAAUAAUACGAGAAGCGUUCCCAGAGGACAUUGUUGAAAACUCGGGAGAUGCCAUGGUUGAUUUACCGUACCUCGACGACGUCUGCGACGAGGGGGACAUAUUCAGGAAUCCGAGAUACCUCGGGGAGUACAGGUACAAGUAUUGGUUUCAUCCGUUCUACGGGUCGCCGGCCAUGCCAAGCGACGCCAAAAAGAUCAUUGACGAGUACAAUAAGAAGAACCCGGACGACCAGGUGGACUACGAAAGGGACUUUCUGUGCGACCUCAUAUACUGCCACUCUAACGGGACGAUUGUGGAGCUGAGGGAGGACGUGCUGCCCUACGACCCGAGCACCGACGACGUGUACAUGGACGGGGAGGACCCUAGGGAGCCCCGGUUUGUCAUUUACUGCGAAAGGAACUACAUUAAGGAGCACGGCUUGAAGAAGGGUCAGAUCUUCGAGCAGGUCAACGAGGAGAACCGAAAACUGUACUUCGACAACAUCUUCUUCCAGCCCAAGAGUCUGAGGCACCCGGUUCACCUGCCUGACGGAUCACUGUAUCAGGAGAACUUCAUACCGAAACAGCGAAGAUGA